GUGUAUUUGAAAAAUGGCGGUAGACGUGGAAGCAAACACGACUUGGAAAAUGCAUUUUCCCAUAUUAAUCAAUUUUCUAAUGUCCAUUGUGGCUUAUUUUCUUACAGCAAGAUUAAUACCGGGCAUAAAAGAGAAGUUCAUCAAAGCCAAUUUAUUCGGAAUCGAUAUGAGUAAAACGACGAGUGAUAAAGUGCCGGAAUCAUUAGGUGUAGUUACAGGUUGUGCUUUCCUAAUCACCACGUUUCUAUUCAUUCCCGUACCUUUCGGAAGCAGUCUUAUACAAGGAGAAUACCCGCACGAACAGCUAGUCGAGUUACUGGCGGCAUUGUUAUCGAUAUGUUGCAUGUUGUUGCUGGGCUUCGCUGAUGAUGUUUUAGACCUACGAUGGAGACACAAACUUCUACUCCCCACGAUAGCUUCCCUGCCGUUAUUGAUGGUCUAUUACGUAAAUUUCAAUGCCACGACUAUCGUAGUACCCAAGCCUUUCAGAGAUUUAUUCGGGUUUUCAGUGGACAUCGGUAUUUUCUAUUACGUCUACAUGGGCAUGCUGGCGGUGUUUUGUACGAACGCUAUCAAUAUUUUGGCCGGCGUAAACGGAUUGGAAACGGGACAAAGUGUUGUGAUAGCCGUUUCGAUUGUAGUUUUUAACAUCGUGGAAUUGUCCGGCCCUCUUUGGAAAGCCCACCAGUUCAGUCUUUACUUUAUGCUGCCUUACACUGCUACUACGUUGGCCCUGUUGAAGCAUAACUGGUACCCGUCGAGAGUUUUCGUCGGAGAUACUUUUUGUUAUUUCUCAGGUAUGACAUUCGCCGUUGUGGGCAUUUUGGGUCAUUUUAGCAAAACUAUUUUGCUGUUCUUCAUACCGCAAGUGUUCAAUUUCCUUUAUUCAGCGCCGCAGCUUUUCCGCUUCAUACCGUGCCCCAGGCACAGACUGCCGAAAUUCAAUUCGAAAAUCGACCGAUUAGAAAUAAGCACCACAGUUUUUAAAUACUCCGAUUUGAACGUGUUGGGUAAGAUUGUUAUAAAAUUGUUCAAACUGUUUAAGCUGAUAAAGUGGCAAGAGAAAGACGGGGUUGUGGUUACGAACAAUUUAACAUUGAUUAAUCUUGUGCUGUUGUAUUUCGGGCCUUUGCACGAGGCUAAACUCGUGUCUAUUUUAAUUGGGAUUCAAGUGGUUUUUACUGGGGUGGCCUUCGCCAUAAGAUACCCUUUGGCGUCGGUUUUCUACGAUUUAUAGUUUUUUUUAGAUUGAUUUUAGACUAAAAAGUGUGCCUAAACUGCGAUUUUUCAAUUCAAUAAUUAGGAGUAUAUCGUUAGGAAACAUGCCUCAAAUAGUUUGAUAAAAGUACGUUGUUAACGUAGUUGGUUAAGAUUAAAAAUUGUUACCGAAUUUUGCUAGUCAUUUUACUAAAGAUGGUGUAGAAUUUAAUUAGGAAGAAUUAGAAUUGAAUUAUCACAGACUUUUCCUAUGAAUAAUUGAUUGUACUGAGUUAAGCAACAAAUAGUUUAGUUUCUAUGUUAU